UCACCUUUAAUUGCCGUCGCCAUUGAAUGACGUCAUCAAGCUACGCGCGUCUCAGUUCUCCAAAUAUCUUUCCUUGAACCUCUGUUGCUCUCCCCGUCACCUCGACCGAAUAUCUGGUGGAAGGUGCGAACAUGUAAGGAUUUAGAAACGAGGUUUUAGUUUAGAAAGUAAGUUUGUUCAAGUGGAGUUGCCGUCAAGCUGUCGCCAAGACGCCAACCUGGAAGUAAUCACACGGAGGGAUGAACGGGAACAAGAAGAUGGCGUAGUCCGAGGAGUGUCCGGUAGGCGAAAAGAAAAAGGGCCGCGUGAAUUCUUAAAUCUCUGCAGGGAGUCAUUGCUGUGACUGACCUCAACUGUUGACUGGUGAAGCAAGCUUUCAAUAAAAACUACCAUGAAUCUUCAGCACCCUGGGCAGCAAAUCCCUCCCGUUCACCCUGAUGUGGAGAUGAAAUCUCUGCCCUUCUAUGAUGUGCUCGAUAUCCUCAUCAAACCCUCUAGUUUAGGAGCAAGUACUGCACAAAGAUUCCUUCAAGAAAAUUAUUUUGUCUUUGCUUUGACGCCACAGCAAGUUCGAGAAGUAUGCAUAUCCAGGGAUUAUCUUCCAGGUGGCAGAAGGGAUUAUAUGGUUCAAAUUCAACUAAGGUUUUGUUUGUCGGAGACAAGUUGUCCACAAGAAGACAAUUACCCAAACAGUCUCUGUAUAAAGGUCAAUGGAAAACUUUUUCCUUUACCAGGUUAUGCACCACCCCCUAAAAAUGGGGUUGAGCAAAAGAGACCAGGAAGACCUCUCAACAUUACCUCACUGGUGCGACUAACCUCUGCAGUACCCAAUCAGAUUUCAGUGACAUGGGCACCUGAAAUUGGGAAGACCUACUCCAUGUCUGUGUACCUCGUGAGGCAGCUAACAUCACCACUGCUUCUACAGAGGCUGAGAAUGAAAGGCAUCAGAAACCCAGACCACUCCAGAGCUCUAAUAAAAGAGAAGCUAACUGCAGACCCAGACAGCGAAGUUGCUACAACAAGUCUCAGAGUCUCCCUCAUGUGUCCGUUGGGUAAGAUGCGACUUACGGUUCCAUGCCGAGCAGUGACCUGCUCUCACCUUCAAUGCUUCGAUGCUGCCCUCUACUUACAAAUGAAUGAAAAGAAACCUUCCUGGAUCUGUCCUGUCUGUGACAAGAAGGCCACAUAUGAAAGUCUCAUCAUUGAUGGAUUAUUCUUGGAGAUCUUGAAUGACUGUUCGGACGUGGAUGAAAUAAAGUUCCAACAAGAUGGUACCUGGUGUCCAAUGAGACCAAAGAAAGAGUCUGUCAAGGUCUCAUCUCAUUUGAUUACAAAAAUUGAGUCUGUUGCUCCUUUGCGACAACCUUUGGUGAUUCCACACACUGCUGAGCCCUUUCCCACAAAGAAGGUUGAUGUCAUUGAUUUGACUCUGGAAAGCUCAUCCUCCGAUGACGAGGAGGAAGACAACCCAGAUCCACCUCUUAAGAAACGUUGUGUUUACAUUUCGAAGACUGAGGACUUGCAUACGAAAGGAGUAUUGAGUUAUCAGCCUUCCAAUAUACGCGUGCCAACUGUUCAGGCCUUGGACCCAUCCUAUCUGACCUCGUCACUGACUGAUUUUGCAGUCCCUUUUCAUCCAUCCACCUUGGCUAGCAUCCCCACAGACAUGCAGAGCCUGGACUUGUUUUCUUUAAUUCAAGCAGAUCCUCAGCAUUACAGGCCUCCAAUGUUUCUGGAAAACCUGACAAGCUCCAUGCAGAAUGUCACUUCUGCUAGCACUAGCGCAUCCCUGGUUUCUUCGUCCGGCGGCCGCUACGAAACAAACUCCCACACGGUUGUCUCCAUCCACGAAAACCGAGGCAUCCAACCUGGAGAAAGGAGUGCCGGAGGAGGAACUGACAACAAUAUAUCGGAUAUUAUUUCAUUAGACUGAGCCACGUUUUACUGGACUUUUUAUUCAAUGUCUAUUUUCUAUGUCUUUUUUUUAUUCCAGACAAACGAUAUGAUGAAAAAAAAAUCAGUUCAACACGCCCUGUAAAUCCUUUUCUAUUUGUUUUUCUGCCUUAAAAUGUUUUAAAUCCUAUUUUCUCUCAUUAUGUGAAAAAUUGAUAUAGCCAAGGACAAUACAUGAGAACAUGCAAAUUUUUACCACUGUAAUUUAUUGCUGUCCUGUUAUUUGAAACAGGACUUAUUUCUGUACCAGAAAAAUAAAAAAAUAUUGGUAGACCUGUUUGAC